AUGGGGUAAUUGUGCUCUACUGGUACGAAAAUCAAAAUCAAAAUUUACAAUUCUAAAGAGAUUAUGAUAAUUCUUGAAAAAGAACAAACUAAGAAGAAUUUAGAAUCUAUAUCUAUUCAAUUUAAAAACUCAAUUUUCAAUCUUUUCUAAAUGAUAGACACCUAGAUGGCUUAGAACAAAUAGAAACUACUUUUUGAAACUGAUAGGAGUAAUGCCCAUAAUUCUAUUCAUAAAUUCUUAAGAAUCUUAAUGAAUUAGUACUAUAUACCAUUUCAACAAAAUUUUAUGAAUGUCGCCUAUCCUAUAAUUGAAAUUUGUGUAGCUAGGGUAAGAUUAUUAUUAACAUAGAUCUUGAUUGAAUCAUAUUUAGCUAUGAAAACCUUGAAAUCAAGGGAAGAAAUAUGGUGGAAUUCUAAUUAUUUUUAAAUUAGAAAAAGAGUUCUAGUUUAAGAAUUUAAAAUGGAUGUUAAACCUUAAAAACCAAGUAUUGAAGCACCAUUCAUCGAAUAUUUACAGUUAUUAAUAGACAUCAUAGAUGCUUUACUCAGUUAGGCAUGUAUCGUUAAUUAAAAAGAAAAAAAAACUACUCAAUAAAUUUCUGAAUCUCACACAGACACCAACAUAUUCUAUAGUGAAUUAAGAAAAAAUAUUGAUUUAUGA